GAACAAAUAUUUGAGUAGUCCUAGUUCUUCCAACGGAAAUGGAACAAAUAUUUGCCAUUUUUUUAAACCCUUUUUUUGAAUUUUAGUUUUCCAAUAUUCUCAUUUUUUCGUUUUUACAAGUUUACCAAACAAAGAGUUUUAUGUUUAAUUGUUUAUGUGUAUCCGUGUUGCUGAAAUAAGAAGUCGUCUUCAAUUGUAUUAAUAAGUACGAUGAAGACUGAAGUUAAUUUGCUUAAAAAAAAUUUGAACCUAAGAAUAUUUUUGUCUUUUAAAGUCGGCUUUGUUAUUUCUUGAAGGAACUGUAAGCGUAAUAAUUUCAAUUGUGACCUUUCAUGUAAAUAUGACAAUGCCUGAUUUACAUGGAUACCGUAGAACCCUAAUUUUGAUUUUUUACUAGAUAAUUUGAUAAUUUGCAGUAGUAUUGUGCAAGUCAGUUUUGUUGAGAACUUACAAGUGAAAAUAAUCAAUUUUCAAAUUUAUAAAGAUUAAUAUAUACUUUAUACUUGAUCAGAUCCAAACCAUUUAAGGGUACCGCUGCCGUCUUUGCAUGGAGGGUCACUUAAACUUUCACUCUCAACUUUCUUAGUUUAAAUUUAAAUAUGGUAUUGUUCAGGUGGCACCGAAACGGAGGAAAUACCCAAACCUUGUAAAUCUUCAGAUGGAAAACUUAACAGAGAAGGAAGACUCUCCUUCAAGUUACCUCGAGGAAACCCCGGCUCAGAAACUAACGUUAAAUGCAGCAGUUUUACAGGAAAGAGUUGCAAUUAUCAAGUUUCCUUAUUCCGACCUCUCAACAAUCCCGUCAGAGAUGCCUCGGAAAGCUGUUUACAAUUCUGUAAUAUCCAUUCCUCAAGAUAUAAGAGAACUUAUCAGAUUAUUACAGCGGUGUGAACAGUUAUCUACGCCAAUGAACCUUCAGUUGAAUAUGAAUGAUACUGAGCUGGGUCAAAAAAUAUUGACUGCCAUUAAACAAGUUUGUGCUGAACAGAAGGAGGAGAUAACGGGCUGUCAAGUGCCUGAGAAACAGUCCUGGAAAACUGUGAUAAAGAAAUCUGUUUCCUUCCUAUCCGGAGGGGGUGGAGACGGGUUGGAUACUUUCCUUGUACCUCUAGCAACCUCAGAGGUUUACGAAGAUAAAGAUGAGACCUCAGUUUAAUCCUUAUCUUUAACCACAGAGGAUUUAUGGGAGAUAGAGAUCUGACUUAGUUUAAUCCUAAUCCUUAAAAACCAUAGAGGAUUAAGAGGAAAGAUAAGACCUCAGUUAAAUCUUAAUCCUUAGCAACCAGAGGAUUAUGAGGAUACAGAUGAUAAAUCAGUUUAAUCCUAAUCCUUAACAGCCAGAGGAUUAAGAG